UUUCAGCGACGACAACGCCAGGUCGCCAGUGAACGCAUAAUAAUAAUUGUAAAUAAGCAGUUCGGAAGGAUUUGUUGGUAUAUUUUUGCAAGUUUUUUGGGUUUUCCAUCCGCUUGAAAUGGCUGAACCCAAGAAAAAGAGUAAAAAAUCGAAAGAGGAAAUCGCGCGUGAAUUUGAUCUUCCGGAGCGGAAAAGUAAAAUUGCCACCAUCCUAAAACAGGAUGGCCAAGCGUACUGCAUUUGCCGGUCAUCUGAUUCUUCUCGUUUUAUGAUCGCCUGUGAUGCCUGCGAGGAAUGGUACCAUGGGGAUUGCAUCAAUGUUUCGGAAAAGGAAGCCAAACAUAUCAAGCAAUACUACUGUCAACGAUGCAAGGAGGAAGACCCCUCGCUGCAGACCGUAUUCCGGCUUGUGCCGGCCGCAGUACCGAUGCCCAAUCCGGAUGAUAAGAAACCGAAGAAGGUGAAGGAAAAGGGGGCUAGUAAGUCGGAGAAACGAUGCGGGCAGUGUGAAGGAUGCAAGGCGCAAAGCUGUAGAAGUUGUGAUGCUUGUCUGGGAUACCAAAAUAAUGGUAGAAAGCAACGGUGUGAAAUGAGAAUCUGUACCAACACAGUCAGUAGGAAAAAGGAUCGUGAAUCCAAAGCUGCUUCUAGAGCUAAAAAGAGGAAACGCUCGUUGACUCCGGAAGGUGGAAUAAAUCCCGCUUUAGAAGGAGAUCGACAAUGUUAUGGUCCCGGUUGCAUUAUGACUGCAAGGCCCCAGUCCAAGUACUGCUCUGAUCAUUGUGGUAUGAAGUUGGCAACCAGUAGAAUAUACCAAGUUCUUCCACAGCGGAUUCAGGAAUGGUCGCUAAGCCCAGCGGUAUGCGAGGAACAAAACAAAAAGGCUUUGGAGGCAAUUCGAACUAAACAAACAAUUGUCCGAGCGACAUUAGCCGAGUUGGAUAAACGGCACGCGGAAUUGGACCUGCUAGUUGACCGCGCAAAAAGGUGCACGCUGGAUCCGAAUGCACUGGACAGUAAUGACGUUGAGGAUGAAAUGUCAACAUAUUGUAUAACCUGUGGUCAUGAAAUUCACUCCAAAACCGCUAUUCGCCAUAUGGAGAAAUGUUUCAAUAAGUACGAAAGCCAAGCCAGUUUCGGCAGCAUUUUCAAAACGAGAAUAGAGGGCAACUCGAUGUUUUGUGAUUUCUACAACCCGGCCAGUACGACGUACUGCAAACGGCUCCGGGUGCUUUGUCCAGAGCAUUGCAAGGAUCCGAAGGUGAGCGAUACGGACGUUUGCGGAUGUCCACUGGUGAGAAAUGUCUUCCAACUAACGGGAGAGUUUUGUCGUGCUCCUAAAAAAUCCUGUUUCAAGCAUUAUGUAUGGGAAAAGAUCCGGCGGGCAGAAAUCGAUUUGGAACGUGUGCGGCAAUGGCUGAAAAUGGAUGAACUCGUUGAACAGGAACGACAAGUUCGUCAAGCGAUGGCAUCACGAGCAGGUGUUCUAGGAUUAAUGCUACACUCGACUUACAAUCACGAGAUUAUGGAAAAAUUGUGCAGUGGAAAGCUUCAAUGAAACGCUCCUGUUUGUAUGUAUCCAAGUAACAUUUCUUUCGUUCCAUAGCUUUAUCACAUUGAGAACGGAUCUGUUUAAUUCUACUGUAAGGAUGAUAUUUUCAAUAAAUAUGUAUUGUGGUCAACA